AUGACAGCUUCACUUCCGGCUCCGGCGGCGUGAGGAGCCGGGCCGAUAUGGAGGAAGAUGCCGCUGGGGUCCGCUGGCCGAGAGCUGAAACUAGGGCAGGAGCAACAGCCUAGGAGUUCCGGCCCAUUGAGCGUCGGUACUGUAGACAGGGCCAUCCGGGGCUCAGAAGCCAGAUUCUCCUUAUCCUCUUUAACUCCAUGUUCCUGCCCUGCCCAGUGCAUCAUCAGGCAUUCAGGCACAAUGGAGGAUAAACGCAACAUCCCAAUCAUUGAGUGGGAACAUCUGGACAAAAAGAAGUUCUAUGUCUGUGGUUUGGCAAUGACAAUGAUGAUCCGAAUCAGUGUCUACCCCUUCGCCCUCAUCCGCACACGGCUCCAGAUACAGAAGGGCAAGAGCCUCUAUCAAGGAACCUUUGAUGCCUUUGUCAAGAUUCUGCGGACAGAUGGGGUGUUAGGCCUCUAUCGGGGUUUCUUGGUCAACACACUCACCCUGGUCUCUGGCCAGUGCUAUGUUACUACCUAUGAGCUCACCCGAAGGUUUGUGUCGAAAUACAGUCAGAGCAACACUGUGAAGUCCCUAGUAGCUGGUAGCUCAGCCUCACUGGUGGCCCAGAGCAUAACAGUGCCCAUUGAUGUGGUCUCCCAGCACCUGAUGAUGCAGCGCAAGGGCGAGACCAUGGGCCGAUUCCAGGUGUGUCAGGGUACAGAGGGCCGGGGCAUAGUGGCCUUUGGCCAAACCAAGUAUAUCAUUCAGCAGAUCCUUCGAGCUGAUGGAAUACGGGGCUUCUACCGUGGUUAUGUGGCUUCUCUACUCACCUACAUACCCAACAGUGCUUUAUGGUGGCCCUUCUACCACUUUUAUGCAGAGCAGCUCUCCUACAUCUGUCCUAAGGACUGCCCCCACAUAGUCUUCCAAGCCAUUUCUGGGCCCCUGGCUGCAGCCACUGCCUCCGUCAUCACCAACCCGAUGGACAUCGUCCGAGCCAGGGUACAGGUGGAAGGCAAGAACUCAAUUAUCUUGACCUUCAAGCAGCUGUUGGCAGAAGAGGGGCCCUGGGGCUUCAUGAAGGGUCUCUCUGCCAGGAUCAUUGCAGCCACACCCUCCACCAUGUUUGUAGUGAUAGGCUAUGAGAGUCUCAAGAAGUUCAGCCUUCGGCCAGAACUAAUGGACUCCAGACAUUGGUAAUAGGUGGUGGGGACAGGAGCCUGCCAUGCCUUGAAGAGAGGGACAGAGAAAAAGGGGACAGUACCCUCCCUUGGCCAUGCACACAGUCCUCAGCUGGGCUGGCUGCCUGGAAAGGGGACACCAAACUGCUCUAAUUGAAGAGGUUUUGAGCUUGGAUCUCCAGCUCACCCUGUUUUUAAUUCUCUGGUCAAACUGAGCCCCCUCAUCCAGGCUUCCUUUUCUAAUCCUUAGCCAAUCCCUUUUUAAAAAGGGAAUAGUUAAGGAACCUUUUUCAGCUUCCCUCCAUCACCAUCCUCAGGCUGUACAUAGGUUGCUUUUCAUUCUUCUUUCCCCUUUGAUUGCUUUUCCAUCCUUUGAGGGACCACUUGCCCUGGCCCCCUUUCUUAAGCCAGCUGAUUCUUAAUUCUUUUAGGAUGGAGCUGCCAAGAAAACUGUAACAUCUUUCCCCCCACCAUUGGGGGAGUGCUCAUCUCACCAAGGAGGGAGCAGCAGAGAACCUCUAGUUCUCUUGAAAAUUCUUCCCUCUAUCUCUGGGGAAGUUGAUAGUUGGGGUGAGGGAAUGGGAAGAACUUCUCUGUGGAUUAAUGUUGUUUUGUUUUGUUUUUUUUUGUUAAAAAUUUGUGAACCAGCCUGUUGUCUUAAACCCUGCCAGAACACCAUUCCUGCAGCUAGACCCCGUGUCUGCCAUAGUAGUUGGAAUAUGUAGCUUUUACCUCACCCCUGGUUCCUUAUGUUCUGUCUUCCCUUAGUCCAGUCCCCAGCAGGCCUUAGGCAGCACCUUUGACUACUGGUUCCCCAUCCCAGCCUCUCAAACAUUUUCUAUAAUAGGCAUGAUGCCUACAUAACUGAUGCUGACAGGGAAGAGCAGGCCUAAAGUAGCACCCUGAGAAGUUGGACUGAUCAUGUAGAGGGUUUGAAAACAGAAGAGGAAGCUUGCUGAGACAGAGGAGGGGAAAGCAUGUCAUGACAGGUCAUCUUCAGCUCUGGAUACAUUUCUUCUGUCAGUGACAGCAGAUGCCUUCCAGCCCCAUUGAGCACCUCAGCUGAAAUAUAAGAAUAUAAGGUAUUGAGCUGAUAACCUUCUCUCACCCAGUGACGUUAGAAGUUAGCACAGGCACUAUACCUAGAAGUGUGGUGAUGGUGUUGGGGAGCAGCCCCAUGAACCCAGCUCCCCAAGAAGGGGGUUGCACCCCCCACCCCCUUCCAUUCUACAUUGCCUUCACACACCUCUCUUCUGCUUCCCCAUAACCCCCUUGUGUCUUGCUAUUUUCUUGUACCCUUAGCCUCGCCUUGCCCAACACCGCUGUUCCUGACUUUUAAGAGAUUAAGCAAUGUCUGAAAGAGACUGAGACCCUCACAAACGUUUAUUCGUAGCUUAGGGAUUGGGUAUUGACCCGGACCCCAGCAGCGGUGGGGGAAGAGAGAAGACUAUUGGCUUGUUUCCUCCAGGGUGGGGACAUUUAGUCCGGGAGAAAAAAUUACCAAGCCCGGAAUGCCCGGAGUGUUUCUGUGUUGACUCUAUCUGUUAGAGCUGACGCUGACGUGGGAGGGAGGCAGGGAAGCGGGUGGUCCUAUUGUGAGGGGCCCCGCGGAGAAGAUGCACCAACGCUCAGACUGCUCUUUGACCAUUUCGUACUGAGUGACAUGUAAUGUGACUAUUCAAACAGGUUUCACUGUUGCACUGUAAGAAGUCUUUGUCGUAUGAUUAAAAAUUUUUAUUGUUUGA